AUUGUUGCUAUAUAUAUAUAUGCACAUUCUCUUGAAUUCCUCCCUGUCUCAAAUUGCUUUCUCCUCGUGAAUUCUCAUAUGGUUUUGGAAACAAAGGAAUUCUGCCUCCUUCACUCGUCUCAGUAAAACAAGAAAAUACAUUUCUACAUUUCUCUCUUUUUUAAAUUUUUUACCAUAAAUGACAAUAGGUUUCACCGGCAUUGAAUUCUUCCCGCCAAACUAUCUGUUAGCUGACAAACAAUCUUCGGCAUCGCCGGAAUCUGGCAUUCCAGAGCUCCUCGUCCUCUCUCUCGUCAAGUUCAGGAAAAGAGAAAAGGUUUGAUCCACUCGAAUACUCCCCCGUGUAGUGACGAUGGAGAAUGAACCGCAGGGCUCUGAUCAAGUCGAAACUAUCCUAGAAGUACAACCUGAAAAUAAUGAAGACGUCAGCUCAGCUGCCAAACGCAGAAUAAAAAAGAAAAGGGGAAUGGGCAGAAGCUGGACUUCAGCAUUUCUCUUGUUAGCGAAUCAAGCACUGGCAACGCUAUCCUUCUUCGGUGUAGGGGUGAACUUAGUUCUGUUUUUAACUCGUGUUAUGGAGCAAAGCAAUGCUACUGCAGCCAACAACGUCAGCAUAUGGACUGGCACCGUCUACUUGUGCUCCCUUGUCGGAGCAUUCCUCAGCGACUCUUACUGGGGCCGUUAUAUCACUUGCGCCCUCUUUCAAGUCGUUCUUGUUGCAGGCCUAGUUCUACUAUCCAUCACUUCAUGGCUUUUCUUGCUCAGCCCUAAAGGCUGUGGAGAUGGCAAGUUAGGCUGUGACCCUAAUGCAACUCAUGGCACUGCCUUAUUCUAUCUCGCCAUAUACUUGGUUGCUUUCGGCUACGGCGGCCACCAGCCCACCUUAGCCACCUUCGGAGCCGAUCAGUUCGACGCCAAGCACACCGACGACAAGUCUGCUUUCUUCUGCUACUUCUACUUCGCUCUCAACGUUGGUUCCUUGUUUUCCAACACCAUCUUGGUCUACUACGAGGAUCACGGAGAAUGGACUCUGGGCUUCGCGGCGGCAACCGCCUCAGCCGUGGUGGGGCUCGUCGUGUUUCUGCUGGGCUCCCGCGGCUACAAGUACGUUAAGCCGUAUGGGAAUCCUAUACCGCGCGUGGCGCAGGUGUUCGUCGCUGCGGGCAGGAAAUGGAAGGUGUCCCUCAACCAAGGAGACGCGUUGUUUGAGGUGGAAGGAACCCAAUCUGCGAUUAAAGGAAGCCGGAAGAUCAUGCAUACCGAUGAAUUUAAGUGUCUCGACAAGGCCGCCAUCAUGACCGAGCAAGACUGUCGAAACCCAUGGCGGGUUUGCUCGGUGACGCAAGUGGAGGAAGCCAAAUGCAUAAUCCGAAUGCUGCCCAUCUGGCUAUGCACGAUCGUGUACUCGGUGGUGUUCACGCAAAUGGCGUCGCUCUUCGUGGAGCAGGGAGAUGUGAUGUACUCGACCAUCGGCAAAUUCCACCUCCCGGCGGCUAGCAUGUCUGUUUUCGACAUCUGCAGCGUUCUGUUCUGCACCGGAAUAUACCGUCAGAUCCUGGUCCCUAUAGCCGGCAAGCUGAGCGGCAACCCGAAGGGGUUGACGGAGCUCCAGCGGAUGGGAGUGGGGCUGAUCAUCGGCAUGCUGGCCAUGGUGGCCGCAGGGCUGACCGAGAUGGAGAGGCUGAAGAGAGUUGUGCCCGGGCAGGCGGUGAGCUCGAUGAGCAUAUUCUGGCAGAUCCCGCAGUACGUGCUGGUGGGGGCGUCGGAGGUUUUCAUGUACGUGGGGCAGCUGGAGUUCUUCAACGGGCAGGCGCCCGAUGGGAUAAAGAGCUUCGGCAGCUCGCUGUGCAUGGCCUCCAUAUCGCUGGGCAACUUCGUGAGCAGCUUGCUGGUGCAGAUGGUGAUGGGCAUCACUGCCCGGAACCAGCAGCCGGGCUGGAUCCCGGAGGAUCUCAACGAAGGCCACAUGGAUAGAUUCUAUUUCCUCAUCGGGCUGCUCACCGCCCUCGAUUUCGUCAUCUACGUAUGGUGUGCCAGGUGGUAUAAGUGUAUCAAGAUUGGAGAGAAUGAUGCGUUGGAGGAGCCCGCCGCUGCUGUCUGAAUCUCAUCAUAUCUACUUCUUAUUUUAAAUUUUAAUAAAAGGUUGCUACCAUAAAAGAGACAAGAGGAAGCGAGACCCUUGAUUCAGGGCAUGACUGCUUCAUGUUUCUCAACCUUUUUUUUAUCUUUAUUUUCUUUUGUAGCUCUGUGGUUCUCCAUCAAUUUACUACAUUUUUCACA